CCCUCCCUUCCAAUCCACGCUCACGCAGAUGACGCCCGUAAUGUUUAACCUCCGUCAUUUAAUCAUCAGCUAUUAAACGCCCUGGACUUGCGGCACUGAUUGGCCGUUACUGGUACUGCAGGGCAACACUAUUCAUCCCCCCUCCAUGCCAACCCCCUUGUUUCAUAUUUUCCUUCUCCCCUCUUCACUCCCGGCAACCCUCCCUCACUUCAUCGCUAAACUUUUCCCCAUUACGGACGUGGACCCCAAACUCGCAAGACAAAUGUGGACCUGAUUUCUUGGAUUCCCCGCGAGUUGACCUUCAUGUUGGAUACAGCAGGUCUUGUGUCAUUAGGUCAGUGUCCAGUGCACAGUUAGUUGACUUACGUCUACCAAUAGUGACCAUGUUUGCCCAGCCAGGUAGCUGGCAUGGCCACGUGUACAACAAGUCCCCAAGGAGAUUCACAUCUUUUCUCAUUGCUGACAUACUGGGUGAAACACGAAGCUCCAGCUGUAAAGAGGAAGCUUUCAGAAAUGACUACUCGGACUGCAACCAGCCCUCGUGCCCUGAGUUUCACUGCACUCACCCGCACAGCACCACCAUCGUCAGCUUUCACUCACUCAAGCACCACCACUCCAUUCACGGUCACCGUGACCUGGUGCACGCUGCCCUAGCUCACCACGGACACCACCGGAACCACUGCGACGACAUCUAUCAGCAGGACCAGUGCUUGGAAAGUCAUAGGGAUGUGGAUAACUCCAGGUCCACCUGCAGCCCUGGCUGUGGAUCCCCAUCAUUGUCCUCUUCCGAUACUGAGAUGGGAGACAAGAAGAGGAAGAACGAAGACGACCUCAAAGACGAUGCCAAUUCCGUCAAGAAGAAAAAAGCACGAACAACUUUUACCGGCAGACAAAUAUUUGAAUUAGAGAAACAGUUUGAGCAGAAGAAAUACUUAUCGUCUGCUGAAAGAGCGGAAAUGGCGAGUCAGCUGGCAGUGACCGAAACACAGGUCAAGAUUUGGUUCCAGAACCGCCGUACUAAAUGGAAGAAACAAGAAAACAUUUCCAGUGCGGAAGUCGCUGAACACAAACUAAACGCCGAAAAAAACGUCCUGAAAGCCAAGAACAAGAAAAACACCGAGUCCCGGGCGGAGGCGGCUCUUGAAAGCCGCAUAGACUUUGAGAGCAGGGGUGUCCUAAGUCACCUGAACAGUAUGAUUUCCAGAGACAUACUUUCCAACAGUCUCCAGGAUGCCCACGACGCGUCCAGGUUGUGCCCUUACACGCCAAAGAGUCACAGCUCUAAAACCCAAGAAUUGAGGUCAGUUCCAGCCCACUUGAUUCACUCGCCGCAGCCCUUGUUUUUGGUCAAACCGGAAGUGCCCGAAGAUCUGAGCAUGAAGGACAAGGACGAGACCGUCACCAGCUCUUGCGGGCACGAUCCCAGCGACAGGCAUCCAAAGCGGAGCGAAGCUCGUGAAAGGCACAGUCUAAAACGCAGUGAGUCAGCCAUGAACGUGCUGAACCACAGGGUGAAGGAUGAACACGUGACCUGCGCCGACUUGGGAUUGUUUACCGAGAGCGACAGAGACGAAUCCACCGUGUCCUCAUCACCCCCUUCUACAGUAGCCGCGGCGGAAGAUAAAUCCCCGCCCUGCCUCCACCAACACCAUCUCAUCAGGCUGGAGCACAGGGCUCCAAAAUUAAUGGACUCGGCCACCAGCCCCUCCCCUCCGCCUAGCUUGGAGGAGAGCAAUGAGUGUGCAGGCGAGAUCAGCAGAAGUGAUGGCUCCAGCGGCAUUGACCUCGCCGUGGACAGUCCUGUUGACCUUGUUUUAACCAAACAAGUCGAUGAAGACUUGUUACCAACUGAAUCCAAAAACAUCAGACGAUUUUCAACAGAUCUAGUCAAUUUUAGAGAACUUUCAGAAUCUGUUACAGAAAUAGACUAGAAAUCGAAAAAAUUCAACUUCACUUUACAAACUAUACAUACAGAGGAACCGGUUGUACAUAUUUAAUGUUAACUAUAUUCUAAUGUUGUUUCACGCAUUCUUUACUAUUUAACUGUUUCACAUUUUGUUUUGUUUUUAAAUAGAAUUUACGUACCACUGACGUGAAGAAACCAAUCCACUGAAUGAAUUAUGAUUUUGUAUUAGAUGUAAAUGCAAGGAAGACGCUUUGGUGUAGCCACCGAACUUUGUGUGCUUGUGUGUGUGUCCGGGGGGGGGGGUAACAGAGGUUUUAAUAUAUCUAUAUAUACAAAUAUGUAUAAAUGCUGAUCAAGUUCUCUGUUUUGAUACGUUUUAAUGACGCCGCAAUUUUAACUUUCAUAACAGGAAUCAAACAUCUAGUGUAGCUCUGACGUAUAAAUACUUUUCCCCCCUCUCUGACGUCAUCUCUUGUGUGAGACAUCACGUUCUUGAUGACCUUUGAACUGCACUGCACUCUAUAAACUAAAAGUUAAAUUUUGAAAGAUACAAUUCAUAAAUAACAUCACAAAUAGACUCUUACCUGGACUUAUAAAAAUAAGUAGAUCUAUUUCCUUAGCAAUGUAGAUAAACAAAUAGAUCUACUUCCUUAUCAAAGUAGAUAAACAAAUAGAUCUACUUCCUUAGCAAUGUAGAUAAACAAAUAGAUCUACUUCCUUAGCAAUGUAGAUAAACAAAUAGAUCUACUUCCUUAGCAAUGUAGAUAAACAAAUAGAUCUACUUCCUUAGCAAAUUUUUGCUUAGUAUUGUACACAGGGUAACCUUUUUCUUUAUUUUUUCUUCUUCCAAUAGUUCUACUUUACAAUUGGAAAUCACCUUUCUUCCAUACAUCAAUCCCUAUCCCAUCCUUUAUUUAUUUAUACACAAAUUAUAACAUUUUUGUCCAGUACUCAGACUAAACAUUUCAAUACCCCAAAUCAUCCAUCAAGUACUUCCAACUAUUUACUAAUGAUGACAAGUUGACAGUCUGAUCUCUACUUUGAAAUCUUAAUUUUUACACCUUUGAAAAGAAGACUGACUUAAUUCAACUUUCAGGAGGUCACAUCGCAUCCGUUUUCUUCUUAUCAAACGAUACAUUGUAACAAAAUAAACAUUAUUAUUUUAAAGUAAAAAAAAAACGUAUAAAAAUGGAUUUUUUGUUUGUUUUAAAUAUCGAAUAACUAACCUUGAUAAAAUAAUAAUCAUUCUUAUUAAAGUCAUAUUGUUACUCUAAGUGGUUGUGUGUAGUAUUAGAAAAACGUUAAUUUUAUCACCUACAAUAUCAAACAAAAAUAUGGUUUCUUUUUCUCUCUACACUUUGUUUAGUUAUUUUCUUUUUAUUCAGCAUGAUAAACAGUACUAACAAAAUGUUCGCCUAAGAUUUGUUAUCAAAACUUCAUUAUUUGAGCAUUGCAUUGGAGGCACAUCUCUGAGCUAGAUCUACUUUAACUUGUAGUGACUUCUAUACAAUGACUUAGUAGGCUCACAGACUAGCUCUGACUAGUCUGAACAGAGUUCUACUCUCUGGAAACAUUUACAUAGACUCUACAAGUUGUCUCUGUAUAGACUAACAACACAUUGCACAUCCAUAGAGUCAUCGUGACCUUAGUCUCUUCAAGUUCUUCUUUGCGGUUUCGUUGAUAGUCAAACACAUUUUAUUUUUAGAACAAACACUCAAACAUUUGUAUAGAAUUAAAAGCAAUGGCAUGAGAUCUAGAACAAAAGAAAUAGUGUCUGAUUAUCUAUUUUUUGGCAUUUUCUAAAUCCUAAUUUUUAAACUGCUACACAGUUUUCCUUAUUUGAGAUAGAGUUCUCAACUUGAAAGGGUCUUUUUUUUUAGGGUCAGCGUGUUACAGGACUCAAAUGUUUAGUUGAGAAUUAAAAAAAAAGGAAAAAAAAUAUUUACAAUAUUGUCACUGUCUCGUACUCAGAAAUCUUAAGCCGAGACUAUUUGUUAUAAUAGGCCUGAACAUUGGCCUACAACGUCACAACCUGUGGGCAGUGGAGACCAAUACCUCGUUGCAACGUCACAGGUCUGUACAAUGUGGCAACCAACCAUUAGUCUGCAUUGCCCACAGGCUGCGACGUCGCAGAUAAGUGUUGAUGCCUUCUAUGACGAAUGGUCUCAGUUAAACACGUUUAUAACAACAUGAUUUACAACAUGAUUUACAACAUGAUUUACAUUAUUUACAACAUUAUUUACACUAUUUCUUAUAUUGAAUAUUUUUUUUGUACCAAGACAAUGUGACAUGUGAUAUACAUUUAUUGUUGUGUUCAUACCACCGUUGUGUCUCAAUCUUUUAAAAAUCUGUUUCUUUCUCUACAUUGUUUCUUGUACAUGCUGCUUGUCUGAGAAAUAAAAUUAAAACGUGGAAUUUUCUAUUUGUAGAUAAAACUCUGGACUGCCAUGAACAUUGAUUAAUAUGAGAACUUAUAGAUCAUUGAUAUGUAUGUAUUAAAAUUUAAUACAA